CAGCUGGCGCGCGCCUGACGGGCCCAACGGUUCCCCAACGGUUCCCGCCGCCGCCCCGGGUGGAUGCCCAGCGCCUGCUCGCCGCCGCGAGGCGCCUAGCGGGCAGGGCCGGCGCAGAGACCCGCGGACGCCAUGGGCUGCUGCAGCUCCGCCGCGCAGAGCUCCAAGCGAGAGUGGAAACCGCUGGAGGAUCACAGCUGCACAGAUGUGCCAUGGCUACUCUUGUUCAUCCUCUUCUGUAUAGGAAUGGGCUUUAUCUGUGGCUUUUCAAUAGCUACAGGAGCAGCUGCGAGACUGCUGUCAGGAUAUGACAGUUACGGAAAUAUCUGUGGACAGAAAAAUGUCAAGGUGGAAGGAAUAGUCAACAGUGGUUUGGACCUUACACAGAAGAAGUAUGUGUUCUUCUUGGAUCCAUGCAGUGUUGAUUUAGUACAUCAGAAGAUCAAAUCUCUUGCUCUGUGUGUGUCAGCUUGCCCAAGGAGAGAACUAAAAACUCUAGCUGAUGUUCAGAAAUUUGCAGAAACUAAUGGAUCUACUCUGUGCAGUUAUGAACUACAACCAUCAGAGUACACUACAGACCCAAGGGCUGCCAAGCUGUGUCCAAAGUACCCUGUUCCAGAGAGUGCACCUAUUCCAUUCUUCCAUCGCUGUGCUCCUGUGAACAUUUCCUGCUAUGCCAAGUUUGCAGAGGCCCUGAUCACCUUUGUCAGUGACAGUAGUGUCUUACACAGGCUGAUUAGUGGAGUUAUGACCAGCAAAGAGAUUAUAAUGGGACUUUGCUUGUUAUCACUAGUGUUGUCCAUGAUUUUGAUGGUUAUAAUCAGGUACAUUUCAAGAGUACUUGUCUGGAUUUUAACAAUUCUUGUCAUUCUGGGAUCACUUGGUGGUACAGGAGUCCUCUGGUGGCUCUAUGCUAAGCAACGAGCAUCUGCCAGCACUGUUGAGACUCAAAUAGCAAAAGACAAUCUUCAGGCUCUUCUGAUCUAUGCCAUUUCAGCAACAGUCUUCACGGUUAUCUUGUUCUUGAUCAUGUUAGUUAUGCGCAAACGAGUAGCUCUCACCAUUGCCUUGUUCCACGUGGCUGGCAAGGUCUUCAUUCACCUGCCACUGCUAGUCUUCCAGCCAUUCUGGACAUUCUUUGUGCUUAUCCUGUUCUGGACGUACUGGAUUACCGUCCUGCUUUUCCUUGGCACUACAGGUAGUCCUGUCCCGAAUGAAGAAGGGUUUGUGGAAUUUCGGAUGGUAGGCCCUUUGAAAUAUAUGUGGUGGUACCAUGUGGUGGGGUUGAUCUGGAUCAGCGAGUUUAUCCUAGCCUGUCAACAGAUGACUGUAGCAGGGGCUGUUGUGACAUACUAUUUUACAAGAGAGAAAAGGAAUCUGCCAUUUACUCCUAUUCUGGCAUCUGUUAAUCGCCUUAUUUGUUACCACCUAGGAACAGUGGCAAAGGGGUCUUUCAUUAUCACACUAGUGAAGAUACCACGAAUGAUUCUUAUGUAUAUUCAUACACAAAUCAAGGGAAAAGAAAAUGCCUGUGCUCGCUGUAUGCUCAAAGCCUGCAUCUGCUGCCUUUGGUGUCUAGAAAAGUGCCUGACCUACUUAAAUCAGAAUGCAUAUACAGCCACAGCUAUCAACAGUACCAACUUCUGCACCUCAGCAAAGGAUGCCUUUGUUAUUCUAGUGGAGAACGCUUUGCGAGUGGCUGCCAUAAAUACAGUGGGAGAUUUCAUGCUCUUCCUAGGAAAGGUCCUAAUUGUCUGCAGUACAGGCUUGGCAGGGAUUAUGUUGCUGAAUUACCAACAAGAUUACACCAUCUGGGUGCUGCCACUCAUCAUUGUCUGCCUCUUUGCAUUCCUGGUUGCUCACUGCUUCCUUUCCAUUUAUGAAAUGGUUGUUGAUGUCCUCUUCUUAUGUUUUGCUAUUGAUACAAAAUACAAUGACGGAAGCCCUGGGAGGGAAUUCUACAUGGAUAAAGUUCUCAUGGAGUUUGUGGAGAACAGUAGAAAAUCUAUGAAAGAAGCUGGCCGAGGAGGUGGAGCUGAGGGCAGAGAGCUAAAACCAAUGGCCUCUGGAGCAAGUUCAUCUUGAAACUAGCCAGCCAUUAUGGAACCCAUUGACAUUCCAAAACAGUAUAUAUAUACAUAUAUACAUAAAAACAUACAUAUAUAUAUAUAUAUAUUAAAAAAAACAGCCAAAAUCAGAGAAAAGGAACAGGGAUUUAAUACUUUUUUUAACAAUUAUUUUUGUGAAACAUGUACUCUUUUCAUACGGGUGGCUUUUACAAGCAGCUUUAUCAUUGUUCCUUUUUUUUUAAUUACUCAUUGUGGUCAUGGAAAUGUUGAUUCGUAUCUGCUUGAUAUUUUACAAUCUGGAGGAGAUAUCAUUGUAAAGAUCUUAAACAAUGAUUGGUUUUAGAGAAUCAAAUACCAGAUUUCCCAUGAAACUGCAAAUGUGCUGAGAAUUUUGCUUGUUUGAUUUGUUUAAAUUUACAUUAAAUUCAGGACAGUUCUGAGUAAAAGCUUAAAAUUAAAUCAAAUUUAGAUUUUCAAAAGGUGGUUUCAGUGAGAGUUAAUUCAAUAUUAACUGAUUUGUAAGCAGACAUUUUACCUUGCAGGCCUGGUGGGACACAGUGGGAGACAUGUAGUUUUGUUUCGGUGUCAGAUAUCACAAUAACCAACUCCUCAGGUAUUCAGAUAUGUGGGAGCCCUUGCUAAUGGAAACUAGAAAAUGAGGAAGGAUGAGUUUUUUUAUGCAAUUUUUUCCUGUUUUACCUUACUUUUUCCUCUCCCCCCCUCCUCUGACUUCAGUAGGUACCUUUGCACUUCGGCAGUGCUCCUUCGAAGGGUAUACAUUUUCCAUAUGAACAGUUGAAUUAACAGAUUAUUAAAGCUCAGUCUUAGCCAUACUCAUGAUUAAUUCAUGACUAGAUGUCAGGAUACUGGGGAUGGAAAGAGAAAUGAACUCUCUUACUGUACAAAAAAGUACUGUAUAUGCUUUAUUUCAUCCAAUGCUGGAGAGCUUUGGGAGGUAGAAGGGGCCAUUCCUUGCCUUUUUUUUCAUCCAUAUUUGUAAGUACUGUAGCAGAUGGGUAAAAUAGUAAGGGACAGAGAAACAUUUCUUUGUAAGUGUCACUGCCGGAAUAUUUACCUAACAUUAUCACAUAACCACAGUGGGAGCAUACUCCUUUUUUUAUUUUUAGAUAUUUAUGUUUAUUUUCACUCUGGAAGCUCACCAGAUAUGAAUGCUAAUAUUCAGUUGUUCAGUGUAUUGUAAUGGUAAAUGCUUAAAAGUGUAUUUGCUAAGAACUCAUGAUCUGUCUAUGCUAUAUACUCCUUUUGUUAAAAUUUUUUUAAGAAAAUUAUUUUUGUUAAAGUUAAUAUUUCAAAGCAGAAUUUUUAAACCUCCUGCACUAAAUAUAAGCUCUGUACAGAUAAUGCCUCAAUAAUUUGAUCACUCCAUUCAAGAAAAUAUUUUGAAAGAGAGAAGCCCUUUUACAGAAGCCUUGCAAAUAAAGUGGAGAGGUAUGUCUCGGUAGAGAAAUUUACCACUCACGUAAUCAAGGUGUAAUAAGUGGUUCUUUAUGUGCUUCCUUUCAGAGACCAGACUUUUAAAGUGCUGAUGAAGGGAAUUUUUUUUAUCAUGUAACUAAUCAGUGCUGUUAACUUUUGGGGAUAGUGAAAUAUUUCACUUUUGCUUCUGUAAGUAAUUUGAAACUUAAACUUAUUCAGGUUUCUUUCAGUAAGUCAGUUGAGAGGACUUACUCUUUUCAUAUUACAGAAACUGUAUGAAAAAAUAAUGAAAAUUAAAAAAAAAUACAUUUAUAAGUGAUAGCUAAGGGGAAAGCAAGAAUAAUUAAGAUCUAAUCCUUAAAGUCCUUAGGCGCUUGUUAACUGAACCAUGUCCAUAGUUCUACUGACAUGAGGAGAGCUGUCUGGAACUUAGGCAAAUUGUGUAUAAGUUAUAUAUCUGUUUAAGUGUUAACUGGACUAGAACUUCAACCUAGGAUUUAAACGGGCGCGCUGAUGGGGCUUCUCAAUGCAGAUUAGCUGUUAGGCUACCUAGAAGAAGAACUGGAACAGCCAAUUUGUGGAGAGAAUGAAUUUUUGCUGUACCAGUGGCCCAAAGUGCAUUGGCCACUGAACCCUGAACAUUUGUGCAAAUCAGUGGGGUUUGGCAAAAGAAAAUAAAAACUGGCUCAGAAGAAUCCUAGGAAUAGGAUUUCAAGGCUAAGAGACUUACAACAUACCCGGUUGCUCUGGAGAAACUGUAGUUUCCAUCUGAUUUGGAAGUUUGGAGAUUAUUGGAAGUUAUUGAAGCUUUGGAUUCUGUUCAUUUUUGACAUCAUAUUUCUGCCAUGACAUGUUCCACAGGUUUGUACUCUCUGCUCACUGGAAAUCCUGCGUGGGGGCUUUUCUCUUAAUUCAUAACAGGACUGCAACUGGAAACAAAUUUUGUAUUUUUGUAUGACUUGACUGUGCACCAAUUUUUUAACAGUUUAUCCUGUUUUACAAAUAAAAUUGUUUUAUUUACAGGGUGUUUAAAAGAUACAGACAACACUUUUCUAUGGGUAGCUGUAAUGUUUGAGUGCUAUAUCUAUAUCAUUAUGAAAUUUUUAAUAAAAUCUUGUGCACUGUUCUUGCGCAUAUACCUGGCAUGUAGAACUUGUCAGUUGCAAAGUGACCAUGCCAAAAUGCAUUACAUCCUCAUGCAAGGCUUUCUAGUGGCCCUUUAAAGCUUUUGGAUGCUCCUUGAAGCUUAUUUGCAACAAAACUACAAGCUGCCCUCCUCCAGCCCUGUCUUGUGCAAGGGGAUAAGUAGAAAAUUGAACUCCAAAGAUAACUUUUCAGGACAAAUUUAGACAAUGCUUUCCUUUCCUUCACUAGUGGGGAUAGUAGAAAAGGAGAGCCCUUUGAAUGUAAAUCCCUGGUUGGCAGUACAGGUGCUGUGGGUUGCCAGUGGUGGUAGACUAAAUAUUCUACAUGCCAGCUGUUUUUCUCUGCUAGUACAUGAAUUGCAUUGUGAGAAACUCUGACUGGAGAGUAAUGCUGAUUCUGCAUUGGGAAUGACAUUGCAGAGGGAGUAGAUGAGACAGCUAAGGUAGAGAAAUCAUCUCUUGGGAAGGUCCACUGACCCAAGCACUGCUUGAGGGCUAGUGAUUCAGGCUGGAUAAUUCGGUUUUUAAAAAAACAAUGAGCCAAGGUAAUUACUAGUUCCUGCAGACGGUUUGAAUCGUAGUCUCCAGUCAGUUACACUUUAAAGGAAAACAAAUGCACAAUUUUUAAAAUUCUCAGAUUUUGUAUUUCUAUUUUGUCCUCCGCUUUAUUUGUAAGCUGAACAGAUCUUUAUUGUUUCUUUCAGCCCUUGAGAUUCUUUAUCGCUCUCAUAGCUCUCAUUUCUAUAUUGCUUUCUCAGCAAAGAAGUGCCAAGUGGCAGAGCAUCAGCUCUCCUUUUUCGCACUGAUCUUAGGACAUGCCACAUAUCCUGAAUCAUUGCCUCAGGAAGGCAAUUACCUGGGCUGAAUGGUAAAGGGAGAAGAUGCUGAGCUCAGGUUUUGAGUGCUUUUUGUUGCUGUUUUUUGUAUGACAUCACCCCCAUCAUUGUGCUUGCUGUGAUCAGUAGUGCAGACCCCCAUUUCUACAAAUAUUUUCUGCACUGCUCCACAGAUAGACUAAGCACAUCCAACGGCCAGAAACAAGACGGAGUUUAAUGUGUGGCCUUAACCUGGCAUAGUAACUCGAGGAGUGUUUGUAUUAGGAAAGUGUGACCCAGAAGGGAGAAUUUAAAGGAGAAAACCCAGUUACAGGCCCAGUUAUCCAGCAGCUAAUCCAAGAGUCAUUCCCCACAUUUCCUUACAGUACCUUCUCAGGGUGGUUACUUUUUUUUUCUGAAAGGGCUUUUCCUACAGCAAGCAAUUAGCCUGCUCCAGUGCUCCCUUUCAGGGAGCAGGCAAGGUAUGCUGGCUCUUACUCUUUCAGCAGAAAAUGGGGAUGCAAAGCAGAGACAAGCUCUGCUUGAAUCAGCCAGUAUUUGAGACAACAUAUUUAACGUGCCCUCAUGACAUGCACUUUAGUGGUUUGCUAUGAAUAGUUACAAUGUAUUCUGUGAAUGUACCUUAUGAAAUCAGAAUAAAAUGCAUGUAGCAGAAAUAUAUACUCAUAAUCAUGAAGCAGUGAUCAUUUGUUUCUUAAUGCAUAUUACAUGUUGUAUUGAAUAUGGCACAGUCAUUUAAGAAUUAUUGAGUAAGGUUUAAAAGUAAAUACCAGUAAGCACUCUUGUUUUUAAAACUAUGGCUUUGCUUGUACAGAUAUUGUUUUCUAAAUCUCAGAUCCGUUGCUUCCUGAACAACUUGGUAGUGUUGCAUUAUCACCACAGAAAUCUUAUGUUGUCUUUAUGGGGAAAAAAAAAAUCUAUUCCCCAGAACAAAACCCAAAAUACCUGUUUGAAGCAUUGCUUGGUUCUUAGGGGUGACAGAAGUCUACUCUAAAUAUUUAAUUUUAAGUUCUAUUUCAGCCAUUUCACUUCCAUUGUUAUUUCCAGCACAUAACAAGAGAGAUCAUGGAGAUUAGUAAAUAUGUAUUUCUUGUGCUCUGUAGCAAAUACUGAUUUCCAAGAUUUUUUUUUAUAUUUGGAGAGAUCAGAGAAGAGAUGAAACUUGUCUCUUGUGAUGUAGGUGUCAUGUAUGGAAGGCAGAAUUUCUAUUCUAGGACAAGGCUGUGAUGUGUCUUGGAGUGUUUGCAAGCUGAUGCCAUCAAGCCAAAGCUCUUCAGUGAUGGUAGAAUUAUGAAAGUAUUUCUAGGAACAACAAGUCACGUGAAUCCUUCUGAAAACAUCUAUUUGGAAAUUAAGCUACCUGGCAUCCAUUUGGGAGAGGUCAGCUAGAACUAGCAGAAAACUAGCAAACACCGUCAAAUCCUACUCAUCUGACUCACUGCAGCAGUCAAGUAAUGUGUGAAUAGGCUGAGCAGGAUUUGAUAUUUUAAGUGUUUGGUACCUUUUUACAGAAACGUGGGACUUACCUUACAACCAAAGUCGCCAGGGUUAAGAGCAAAAGCACUAGUUAGCUUUAGCAGAACUAGACUAAUUUUGAUAUAUUUAAAGAUAACUUUAGCCUCCCUACAUGUGUAAUAAAAUACAUUGGCAAGCUAAAUGGCUGCCAUUCCUCAAGUGGCUGCUCCUCUCCUCUCUGACUUGAGUAAAAUGUGGACAGGUAUUUCAGAAAGAUUUUAUGAGAUUAGGAUGCUGAAUACUCCUGAAAUCUAGCAGAAGUUGGGAGCUGACUUGAGUUCCUAUGAAAGUCUUAGUUUUUAACCCUGAAGUAAAAACUGCAUGUGCGCCAGUGUUGGUUUUGGGAUGGGUCCCUGCUAAGCAUAAAAAGGCUUCUCCUUUAGAGAAACAGUGCAGCAGAUGAUGAGAUUGUCAGCAGUUUCCCUGGUCCCACUCAGACUAGCACUUGCAACAGUAAAAACAGGUGAUUACAAAAGACUGGCUCCCAUCAUUGACAGGUACAGAACUUAGCUUUUCUCCAAGUGUAAGCAGUAGAGUCUUUCCUUGAAAAUCUGUCAAAAGAGAAACAGCUGAGGUUAGCCUUGUUCUCUAGGAAUCAGGCAGUUCCUCAGUUCCCCCACAUUCCUUCUGAUCAGCAAGGUUAAGCACACUCCUACAGGUGAGUGGGAGAUGUAGUAUGGAAUUUGACAUGAACAGAAUCAACAGUGUCAUUGGGGAUGUGAGGCCUUAGGGAAGGAGAGUAGGGGAGGUCUUCACUUCUAGUCCCUCUUGUUUGCUUUACAGCUAGGAUCUCAAAGCUAAUCUGAAGGAUACUGGUUUAAAGUGACUGCAAAAAUUCCUCUUUACCACUUUAAAAUAAGUUUUUGUGAGGUCCUUGCUAUUACUCUACUUUGGCUGAAAUGUUAAUUUGAAUCCUACUGCUGUUUUGGCAGUCAGACAUGCAGCUGUGUUUGGAGGCUAGAAACUUGGAUGCACUGGCGAAAAACAAUGCAUCUCUUACUUGUUUCAAAACCAGAACUGUAUGCAGCAGCUCAGGAUAUAGUCCUAAGAGGGGAGGUGGGAAGGCAAAAGUAGAAAGAUAGAGAAGAGGUGAGUCAUCAUGCAGCUGUAUGCGCUCUUUGCAAAAGGCCCUUCACUGCCUGAUUCAGUGCUUGAGGAACUACUGAAUAGUAGCUGCCAACACCAACCACUGCCCUAGUCUGCUGCCUUUCAUAUCACACUGUGUGAAAGGACCCUGGGUCUCUCCUGCUCCCAUGCGCUUUAUAAGCUGCGCUAUACUGCCAUCUAUUGCUGCAUGCUCUCAACAGUACAGCAAGUCUGCCUUAGUCCCCUCUUCUCCCCAAGAAAAGUGGCUGGACCUUGGGGGAGAGAGGGAGUAAAAAGCAAACAGGUUGUUUGUUUCUUAUGUAGGCCAGAAAUGGACUGCCAGAAGCUGACUGGAGCCAUGCAGAACAUGGUUUCACAAAAUUACAUUACACAAAAUCUUCCUAGCGGUUAAGAAAUUUCAUAUUCCAUUUCACUGACAUCUCACAGCCAUAUCCACUGUGUUCUGCUUUCAUUUUGCUCUGGAGUUUCAAAGCAAGAAAGAAGGUGUAAUCCUCUACUUAUAGGAAAGAAUUAUUUUUAUACUGUAGGAUUGUGUUGCUGAUUAAACUUACUACCCUAGGGAGGAAGGAGAGUCUUCUGAAUAGAUUUUAAAGGCUUGGCUAUAGCUCGAAUAAUACUUGCAUUGUCAUAGUCCAUCAAAGCAUCAUGUGGAAACAAGUUUUUCAUCUUUCACUUCUAACAGAGCAGGCAACCCCCUGGACUGGGUGAGUGAUUUAAAUUAAUCGAGAUCAAUUAACAAGUGCUCCUUUUUCCAGUGGACUGCCACCUCCUUUUAGAAUGGGAAGACUAAAUGUGACACUGUUUAUUGUUGUCUGAGAACUUGAAAUGUUUUAUACUGUAAGCUGUGAAUGUGGGAAGAGAAGGGAAGUUAACAGUGCUGAUCUAAUCUUAGAUUUUCUGUGUAAACUGACAUUGUGCCAGAUUACUGAUGCAAAACUGUAUUUUAGUCUAAGAAAUGUAUAGAUUUUUUAAUGUAUCAAA